AUCUUCAACAUUAGUUAUUACAUACAUCAAGAAGCACCGCCACCAACAAAACCCACCAUUUUCCAAGACCAAGAAAAUAAAAGAAGUCCAUGAAAUACAAGAUGCUCAGUCUCCUUAACACAGAAAUGAGAUACACAUAUCAGUCAAUAUCUCUUCCCUCUACUGUCAUACACAAUGAAUCAUGACAUAACUGGUCAUUUCAACCUCACUUCACUUAUGUUAUUCGGUCAAUUUACCACCCCUAAUUAGAAUGAGACAAGGAGAGAGAGGGAGAGAAAAUUAAGGGAGCGGGUCAUUGAGUUGAAGCGCGGGUCAAAACCCGUCCGCAUACAAUAAUUUGCGGAAAGAAAAUAUCUGUCACAACACAAAUAAAAGUUUCUCCAUAUCUGAUAACAUAAACGAGACAGUGAGUCACAUGAUGUUAUGCAACAACUCCGUCUCUUCUCCAACUCUCCUUCGUCUUAUCCCCACCACCCACCACCCGCCGCCGCUCCAGCAAAUCUCGCCAGUGGGGCGGCGGAGAGCUAUUUCGGUGGUGACACGCGCGGGGCCCAGCACCACCAGCUACAUAUUUGCCUUCAUUUUUCCAUUAUCUCUUCUGGCCGUCACAACUAUCACAUCUAUAAGAAUGGCUGACAAGCUCGACCAGAAGUUUCUCGAAGAGCUUGCAGUAAACCAAGCAAUACUGGAAGCAGAGGAAGGUGAAGAGAAGGAAGAUGAAGUCUCCGUCUCUUCCGAAGAGGAAGAAGCGAAGCCACUUCGCAGGCGCAAUCGCCCCAAACGACAAGCAGAGCCGUCGUCUAUACAGUAGGUCGUGGCACAAGAGAUGUGAACCGUUGUUGUAAUACUUCUUUUUUGUUUCUAUGUCUGUCUUUUAAUUUAUGUUAAGGGGUACAGGAUUGCACAAGAUAAUUCACAGUUCUCCAUGUAAGUUAUGCAGCUAUUAUACAGAGAGAAGCAAAUUUCAAACCUA